ACCAAUUCUAUCAGUUCUGGGUCGUUCUUAGAGUUCUGCGUCAGCGAAACGUAACACUGCUAUGAAGUGCUGCCAGUGCGAUGUCGACAAGCUGUCGGAGGAGUUCCCACCAGAACCUCUGUCCAAGACGUGCAAGCAUCCUCCCUACCGUUGUCUCAGAUGUACACUGAAAAAGCUGAAAGAACAAGCUGCUGAAUGCAAAGAUACACUAGAGUGUCCAGACUGCCAUGAGCCAGUUUCUUCUGAUCUCAUUUCUCAACUUCGCAGACUCCUGGAGUUCGUCUUUCCUGCAGAAACUGUAUUUGCCGACAGUACAUCUGCGCAAGAAUUUGAAGAAGACGCAAAACUUGCAACUGGUGGAGUAUUCCAUGUCAACAUGCUAGACGGAAAGUUCUGUGAGAUACCGUACAACCCAUCGCAAAAGAUAAGAGACCUAAAGCAACUUUUACAGAAGCAGUUGGAUGUCCCAGUAGAAAAACAAAGGCUAGUCUUUAAAUCACGUCUUAUAAAGUCGUUUUCAGAUGAUCGUAAAAUGACAUGUGUGAGUGAUUAUGAAAUCAAGCCUGGAGAUCAGCUCUACCUUAUGCAACUUAUGUACGCUAUUAAAGAAGGCUCAAAUCUCAAGCACGUCAUUAUGAAACUGCAGUGGAACUGGGUAGGUGGAAUAGAUUAUUUGGAUGGAAGUGCUCUUGUGUUUAACGGAGAUCAGCACAUCGGUAUCAUUGACUAUAAUAAUCGAAACAGUGCUGCCUUUAUUGGAGUCUCCGCACUCACACAUUCUGGAGACGUUUUGGAACGAGAUCAACAGCUGGGGCAGCAUACAAUAAAUGUGUUUCUUGACAAGAUACCAGAUUCAGUGACGAAUGUCUUUUUUACGUUGUCAGCUUGGGAUGCGCCAAGUAUGGGAGCGUUUCGCAAUCAAGCUGUUGCACUAGUUGAUAGUUCAAACCCAGACAAGACUGAGCCUCUUGGUGACAAAGUGGUUUUUUCAAAUAUAGCCUCUUCACAAGCUCUUGUCAUGAGUCGACUUUAUCGAAUGGAAGGAGGCUGGGACGUUGUUGCUGUUGGAAAGACAUCAAGAGGAAAUGCAAAAAACUAUGAUCCUCUAGUAGCAACUAUAAGAAAUUUACCAAGCCUGUAGACUAGUUUUCUAUGGGUAACAUGUUGUUACUUACCUCUAACUACUGUCAUUUGUUUAGUAAAACUAUAAUAUUCUUGUGUGUUCUAGAGAAUACUUUUUGAGUCAUUGUAUUAGACAAGCAUUCAAUUGAAAUCUAGGAAUUGCUUAUAGUUUGUAGAAAAUGCAAUGUUUGGAGAGUACCGAACGACAGAAAACUAAUUAGGCAUGCAAUUACAGUGUACAUGGAUAACUUGUGAAACUAAAUGUUUAGCAUUACA